UCUUCUCUCAAGGUCCAAGAUGAGCGCGAGCACCACGGCGGCCCCGGACCUGGGGGCGGCGGUGCCUGGUAGCUGGCCAGACAACAUCACGUUAACGGAGCGUCUCACGAUCAUCUUGUUGCCUGUGGUAACCCUCUUCCUCAUCUUUGUCCUGCUGCGAUGGAUUUGGCCUGUCCCACAAAGUCAAGCGUUGCCCAAGUUUGCUGGUCCCAAGUAUGGCGCCACGGACGAAAAAGAGUCGCUGACGUCGAUCAAGAAGAAAGAGAAAUCUUCACUUUGUGAAGAAGGCGAAGUGGCGGGCGACUACGAAGACAGCUGGGUGAACACGUUCGACAUGGUGUUUUUGAUCUUCAUGCUGCUGUACUUGGCCACGAUGAUCGUGCUGACGUACAUCUUUGCCCCGGAGUACUUCACGGACGUCACGUUUUGGCUCAUGCAAUUGCCCAAGCUUGGGUGCAUGAUGUUGGUGUCGUUGAUUGGGGGUAUCAUCUGCCGUUGCUUCUGCUCCGUCGACGACAAGGGGUACAUUAUCACAAACAAGAACUCAGCGUUCAAGGUCAACUACACGCGUAAACUGCAGCACUUUGCCGCGUACAUGGUGCCGCUUGUCAUCAAGAGCGACUACCACGGCCCGCUUGCCCUUGGCUGGGGCGAUUUCUUCACCAUGCUCGGGUUUUUAGUCUUGAUCAAGCCGUUCCGCGAGAACCUGUCCUUCUUCAUGCUGCAAUUCAACUCGUUGGAUCGCCCCGAAGAUCGCCCGCACACGUUGAAGUGGAUCAUUGCCGGGAACAUUGCACCAGGGCUGUUCAUCCUGCUCUUCUUCAAGUGGCUGUUUGGCGAACAAGGGGCGCUCACGUUUAUCAUCAUAUACAUCACGGGUAUUGGUGAUGGGCUGGCCGAACCCGUGGGAAUUGCAUGGGGCAAGCACAAGUACAAGACGGCCGGGUGCUUCUCCAAGCGCAAGUACACGCGCAGCUGGGAAGGGUCGGCGUGCGUGUUUUUGUCUGGCAUGGUCUUCCCCGCCAUUCAGUACGCCAAUUUCGGCAGCUUCACUCAAGUGCUCAUUGCCAUGUUGGUGCUGCCCCCGACCAUGGCGUACGCAGAAGCCACGGCGCCCCAUACGAUGGACACGCCCGUGUUGAUGAUUGGAUGCGGUGUGAUUUUGUACUUUAUCACGAAUUUCAUCUAAUUAAUAUGAGUGCCUUAUUCCGUUCAA